GUGUAUUGAAAUAAAAUAAAGUGUCAACACGACGAAUGUUAACCGUAAAUAUUAGUACUCUUUACAAAGCACGCAUUUCAAGUAAGAUUGUUGAUUGUCUUGGCAUAAAGGUACAUGCAAUCCACAUAUUCAAUUUUACCUGUGGAAGCAUCCUGUAAGACCUACAAUAUCAACAUUAACAGUUAAGGAUAAGAAGCCACUAAAUGUUAAACAUAUACGCGGGUCUUUAAGUUGAAGUUAAAAUGCCCAAAGGCAAAGAAACGACUGCAGCCAUCUAAAGUGUUAAAAUUAACAAGGUGUAUAGUAAAAUGAACCAUGCAGUCGUAAUGUAAGCAAAACAAUGCUCGAAAGUUAAUUUCAUUUAUGUUAAUCUAAAGGACAUUCUACUUAGAUGUAAAUUAAUACUUAAACGACUGAAUAUAUAUUAGGAGGACAGUAAGGAGUAAAUUAGAAGAGAUUAUCACCUUCAAUUGGAAAAUAUAAAAAUCCCUCAGCACACAAUACAGAGACAGUACUUGGAAAUACUUUGAAGGAACGGAACGGAACAGAAAUCAAAUUAAAUAGAAAUAAUGGAGUACGAUCAGUUAUUAAAAGCAUACUUGGGAGAGAUAGGACGCUAUCAAAUGUGGAUCAUCUUCUGGUUGUCAUGGGUUUGGAUUUGGGGUGCGUUUAACAAUAUGGGAAUUGUCUUCCUUGCGGCUGUUCCUGAUCAUUGGUGUGCGACCCCCGAACUGGACAACCUCACCCUCACCCAAGAUGUAUACAAGAACAUCUCGAUACCCUACGAUGUGGAGAAGUCGGAGUAUUUGAGCUGUGAAAAGUAUAAUAUGAGUUUUGGUAGAAUGACAAAAGCUGACAUUGAAGGGACAACAUUUGCCAACAGAAGCGGUGUUGCGAGAGUUGGAUGUAGCAGUUGGCAAUAUGAUCAAACACUUUAUAAAUCCAGCGUUGUCUCUGAGUGGGAUUUGGUGUGUGACAAUGAAUGGAUGAUAGCAACAGUUCAGUCAAUGUAUAUGGUUGGACUUCUCAUUGGAGUUGUCGUCUUUGGACAACUAGCAGACGUGAUUGGGCGGAGACCUGUUAUCAUAGUAACUGGGAUAGGGAUGAUUGCGGCAUCCAUUGGUCAGGCCUUCUCUGUCAACUAUCCUAUGUUCUUAGCUAUGAGAGUGACAUUGGCCAUGUUCAGCAUGGGAUGCUAUACCUGUGCAUUUGUAUAUGCUGUAGAGAUCGUUGGACCAAACUGGCGUACAUUCGUGGGGAUCCUGUGUCAAUACAUCUGGGGAGUUGGGUAUCUCCUCUUAGCAGGUAUCACUUAUGCCAUACGGGACUGGAAAACCCUCGCACUAGCAUUAGGAUGUCCUCAGAUUAUCAAUCUCAUCUUUAUAUUUGUGUUGUCAGAGUCUGCCAGAUGGCUUUAUGUAAUGGGCAAGAAAGAGAAAGGUGACAGUGUUGUACACAAAAUGGCAAAGUGGAAUAAGGUCACAUUACCAGAUCCACUAAAAGUGGAAGUACAGGACAAGAAAAGUCAGGCAACCGUCAUUGAUCUUCUGAGAACUCCAAAUAUGAGACUGAAAUCUCUAAUCCAAUUCUUCUUGUGGUUUGUGACCAGUAUGGUUUACUAUGGGUUAUCACUAAACUCAUCCAACCUUGGUGGAGACCCAUACAUUAACUUCCUUAUAUCAGCUGGAGUGGAAAUACCCGCCUAUGCACUCUUCCAUUUCCUCUUGGUCAAGAUUGGACGACGAAUCUGCACAAGUUUCACAUUCAUCGCUGGGGGGAUUGCCUUGCUGUGUAUACUUCCUGUUCCCGAGGAGCAAACUAUUGUCAUCAUAGUACUUUCAAUGACAGGAAAGUUUAUGAUUUCUGCAUCAUUUGCAAUUGUUUACCUCUACUCUGCUGAACUGUUUCCUACAGAAGUGAGGACUGUUGGUGUUGGGUGUUCCUCAAUGUUUGCACGUGUAGGGGGCAUCCUUGCACCAUAUAUAGGACUUCUACCAUCACUGGCACGAGAUGUAGAAUUCAUAAAAUAUGUCCCAACAAUUAUAUUUGGUGCGUUUUCGUUGGCUGCUGGAUUGCUGGCUAUAUUGCUACCGGAGACUAUGGACCAGAAUCUGCCAGAAACAUUGCUAGAGGGAGAGCUCAUUAAGGCAAACUUUUGUUGGAGGAAAUCUGAAGAUAAGAAAUCUGAAGCAAACAUGGCAACAAAGAUGGAAGAAUCGGGCAAGGAUAACCCAGCAUUUGACAGAAUUUGAUUUUUGACAUUUGUUUCAUUCCAAACCCUAAAGUCCAGCCUGUUUCAUGUGAAGCUUUCUCUGUUAAAAGGACUUUGAGAGUUAAUCAAGGCAAAAUAUUAUACAUGGCCUCAAACAAUUAACAUUUUUCAUUUAUACAGUC